ACUCGAGGCAGGAGUAGGCUCUCCCGAGCCUGCUCCCUCCCUUCUCCUUCCCUGCCCCCUUCCCCCACCCCCCGGCUCGGGCUCGGAGCGGCGGCCAGAGGAACCCCGAGGGAUCUGAGGGACUCCCAGCAGGACCUCCUCUUCUCCAGGCUCCAGGGUCCUCAUCUGCACAGUGAAGGAGCUGGAUUUUCAAAGAUCCAUUGAGGUCACGGGGCUUAGCUGCCAGGAGCCCCUCCAACUUGUUGAGAGCAGGUGGAUGUGUCUGGACCCCCAGCUCGGCCCCACAGGACCCUAAGGAGGUGCAGUUACCUGUACCUGGUGCUGAGACAUCAUGAUAGAGCCCCGACCUCUGAGCGGGAGGGAUGGAGAACUCCUCGGCAGCGUCAGCUUCGUCUGAGGCCGGGAGCAGCCGCUCCCAGGAGAUCGAGGAGCUGGAACGGUUCAUUGACAGCUACGUGCUUGAGUACCAGGUGCAGGGGCUGCUGGCAGACAAGACGGAGGGUGAUGGUGAGAGUGAGAAGACCCAGUCCCACAUCUCCCAGGAGGAAACACUCAAUGGUGGACCACCCAUGAAAGGCUUAACAGAAGAAUGGACAGCAGACUGCAGUGAGCAGCUGGACAGAAGUUGUUCCUUCUCCCGAGGGCGAGCCCCACCACAGCAGAAUGGCAGCAAAGACAACUCUCUGGACAUGCUGGGCACUGAUAUCUGGGCUGCCAACACCUUUGAUUCCUUCAGUGGUGCCACCUGGGACCUGCAGCCUGAAAAGCUGGACUUCACCCAGUUCCACCGGAAGCUGCGACACACGCACAUCGACCGGGAAGGAUGCGGAAAAGGGAAGCUGGAAGAUGGGGAUGGAAUCAACCUGAAUGACAUUGAGAAGGUCCUCCCAGCCUGGCAGGGCUACCACCCAAUGCCCCAUGAGGUGGAAAUCGCACACACGAAGAAGCUGUUCCGAAGGAGGAGGAAUGACCGGAGGCGGCAGCAGAGACCCCCAGGAGGGAACAAGCCCCAACAGCACGGUGACCAUCAGCCAGGCAGUGCCAAACACAACAGGGACCACCAGAAAUCCUACCAGGGGGGCUCGAUGCCCCACCCCUCAGGGAGGUCCACUCAUCACGGCUACAGCCAGAACCGGCGCUGGCACCACGGCAACAUGAAGCAUCCACCAGGCGACAAGGGGGAGGCAGGCGCCCACCGCAAUGCCAAAGAGACCAUGACCAUGGAGAGCCCCAAACUCGAGGACACCCUGGGGGACGCUGGGCACAGCAGCCUUGAGCCCCCCCGCAGCCCUGAUGCCCUGGCCCCGGCAGUUUCCGAGAGGCUGCCCCUGCUGCAGCCAGGGGGUCCAGAGGUCGAGACAAAGCGUAAAGACAGUAUUAUUCCUGAGCGCGGCGGGGAGCGACCCAAAAUUACCCUGCUCCAGUCUUCCAAAGACAGGCUGCGGCGAAGGCUGAAAGAAAAGGUACCGGAUGAAGUGACGGUGGAGACCACCAACCCUCAGCAGAACAAGAUGGACAAGUUGAUCGAGAUCCUGAACAGCAUGCGGAACAACAGCAGCGAUGUGGACGCCAAGCUGACCACCUUCAUGGAGGAGGCACAGAACUCGACCAACUCGGAGGAGAUGCUGGGGGAGAUCGUCCGUACCAUCUACCAGAAGGCCGUGUCCGACCGCAGCUUCGCCUUCACCGCCGCCAAGCUCUGCGACAAGAUGGCCCUCUUCAUGGUGGAAGGGACAAAGUUCCGGAGCCUGCUCCUCAACAUGCUCCAGAAGGACUUCACGGUGCGGGAGGAGCUGCAACAGCAGGACGUGGAGCGCUGGCUGGGCUUCAUCACCUUCCUGUGUGAGGUCUUCGGCACCAUGCGCAGCAGCACUGGCGAGCCCUUCCGCGUGCUGGUCUGCCCCAUCUACACCUGCCUCAGGGAGCUCUUGCAAUCUCAGGAUGUGAAGGAAGAUGCCGUCCUGUGCUGCUCAAUGGAGCUGCAGAGCACAGGCCGGCUGCUGGAGGAGCAGCUGCCCGAGAUGAUGGCCGAGCUCCUGGCCAGCGCCCGAGACAAGAUGCUGUGCCCUUCAGAGUCGAUGCUGACCCGGUCCCUGCUCCUGGAGGUCAUCGAGCUCCACGCCAACAACUGGAACCCUCUGACACCCCCCAUCACGCAGUACUACAACAGAACCAUCCAGAAACUGACAGCCUGACAGCCAGGGGGCCUGGCGGGUGGCCCGCGGGCAGCUGGAGCCCUGAUGCCCAGGGCCAGAUGGACAGGCGGGAGGACAGGGGUGGCCCUGGCGGGAGAAAGAAAUGGGGACGAAGGCAGGCAGAGCCGGCGGCCAGCCUGGAGUCAGACCGGGAAGGGAUCAAAUCCCUAGGAGAAGCUCCCUCACCCUGCGAGCCCCCCCCACCCCACCCCCAAGCCUGAGCAUGCGGCAGCUCACACCAGUAAGGGAAGCAUGUUUCUCCUUUGCGGCGGCCCGGCCCUCCCCCUCCCCUCCACUCCCCCUCCUCACGCCCGCUUCUCCCCGCCCCCUCUCAUCAGCGCCGCCCCCGAAGGGCUGUGUGCGAGGGGUUCAUCUCUGCGACUCCUCAGAGGCCUUGGCAGCCCGCACGCCAGGGGUACAGCUUGGGUCAGAAAGGACCACAGGAGGCUGAAAAAGUGGGUCGGAGACGGGCUUGCAUUGUUUCCCGCAUGCUGUCAGCCGCAGUCGCCAACUGGCAGCAGGCGACAUGUAGCAGAUGUCCGGGAGGACAAAGGCAGGCACGGUCCCCACCAGCCGCCCGUAAUUGACGGCCUUUGUCCGCGCGCGCACGCGCGCGCGGCUGAGCUGGGGGACUGUGGGGGCCUCCUCUAACCUUCACGCUCCACCUUCCCAACUUCCAAGCCUCCUCCGUUCAGCCCCCAAGCUGCAGGUCCCGCGGGGGCCGGGGAACUGGGAGGGGAGAUGGAGUUUGCCGUUCUACUUGCGCUCUUUUGUUUCAUUGUGUUUUAUUUUUUCAAAAGUCAGCUGCUUUGAAGUCUCCUCUCCCGAUGAAAAGGGCCCGCGAUGUGAUCACACAGUGAGCACCACAAGGACCCCCUGAUUAGCAGGAGAUCAAACCCAGCCCCCUCUGGAAGGAUUCUAGCCACAGACAGCUUGCCAAUAGCCAAUUAGGGUAAUUGGAAACUUCUGCCCCAGCAGGGGUCCCCGCUGGAAGCCUCUGCUCCUCAGCCCCUGGCUUCCAGUACCUCUGCUCCCUCUUAUUCUAGCUUUGCUCCCUCAAAGGGCUGAUACUGUUGCUGCUGGGAGAGCUUUAAACCCAUCCUAGCCCAGGCCAAGCCUGGCUCAGAACGAGACUGGUGAAUUAAAACCAAAACCCUAGGUGAUGCUCCCCCGUUCCACACACAGAUCUCAUCCUAAACUUCCACUGUUGGGGGAGAAUGUGGAUGGUAGGGCUGGUGCCUGGUUCCCCAGGACUUGGCCUUUUAGCUAAAUCACCCCCACCCCCACAGUCCGUGUCACAGGAGGGCUCUAGGAGCUGCAGCCCCAGGGCUGUCGUGAAAAGGUGCAUUCACUCAGUCAUGAGCAGGACCAUCAGGGGACGAGCGAGCCACCAGCUUUCCAGGCUGGGAACAAGACUGGGGAUUCUUGGAGGGACCAAGCCCUGGGAGCAGCCCCUUCUGUGAUGGCUACAGAGGAGGAUGCGGGUUAGGCCCUGGGAGACUGGCUUUGGGUUUUCACUGGUGUCCAAACAGCCCAUCUCCUGAUCUGGAGCCCACACUUGGAUGAGCCCCUGGAAAGUGACCUCCGAGCCCAGCAGUCUCCUCACCUGCUCUUUUGUUAAGCCAGUCCUUGCCUGGGUCACCUUGGAGACCCCCUGGCUGCCUGGUCCCAUCAGGCAGGAGGAAAGUCCCCUUUGUUGAGUCUAGGAGAGCAGGCAGGUGGGGUUGGGGACAGCCUCCUCCAUACUCCCCCCACCAUCACCCCCUGGCUGCCACCUGCCUGCCAGCCCCAGGACGGGAACCUGUUGGGGACAAGGCAUGGGGGCAGAGUUUACCUGGAACAAAUCAGUAGCCUCUGCCAAGGAGCCCCGGCUGCCCCUGGCCUCUGCCUCUGCCCUCCCCCGCCCCUUCCUCCCCAGCCUCUCAAGCUUCUCACUGCCUUUCCUCCUCAGCCUGGGGCCCAGGGACACCAGAAGCCCCACAGGAGGCCUUGAGGGAAGAGCUGGACUGACAUUCAGGUGCUCAGAGGGGGCACUAGGGAAAUCACGGUGCUGAGGAGUCAGGCAGCCCUUAGAGAGCUGCACCUGGGCUGAAAUAGGCCCUGCUGCCCUUGAGUGGUGUGAGUGAGUGAGUGAGUGUGUAUCUAUGAGAAUGGAGCAGGGCCCCGGAGGAAGACAGAGGCCUAGGGGUGAGGGUGGCAGUGGAGGAGACAGAGAAGCAGGGCCUCCUGCCAUCCCUACCUUGGGCCCAGAGAGCGAGCUUCCCAAAGGGACCCCAGGCACGCGCACGUGGGGCUGAUGUUCCCCUGGAAAGCAGAGCGGGUGGCAUCGUGGGCGCCAUGGGCCUCAUGCCCCUUCCUCCAAUGGCCUUCCUUGGCGGUCUUGCCUCAGGGCCAACCCCUCCUCACCUGUUAGGACCAGAGUGGGAAGAAGUGAGAUAUAAAUAUGUAUACAUAUAUAAAUAUAUUUUUAAUUACGUGUCGUGUCACGGUGGCUCCAGACAUAUGGUUUGCCUAGUUUACUCCGUUGCUUGAAAGCGCUUCCUGGCCAAUCCGAAUAACAAUUUGUGUUUUUCUAAAUGCAGCUUGCUGCUGCUUUUUCAGACAUGGAAGGAAAACGUUUAAAAACAAAUUUGUUUUUAAGGAAAAUAACAGGAAAGCCUAAAAUCGGGGACCCUGAGGCAGCUUCCCUCGGGAGACUACUCAGACAGGAAGCAGGGGGCAGACGUGGGUGCCCCCAGACCUCCGUCCCCUCCCCAGGCCAGAGGUCUUCGCUAGAGGGAGGCUCCAUCCAAGCUGACCUCUGAAUGUAUCUGACGGGAGGCUAAACUGGAUGUUGCGUUUCCGAGGCUCGCGCUGUUUUCCCCACUUGCCUGUGGCUUCCUUGGCACCCAGAGGAGGCAGAGUCCAGCCCUCGGAGGCCAGUCCUGUCUUGGGAUCUCUCCCCUGCCAGUCAAAACGAAGUGGUCCUUGUUUCGCUCUCAGGCAUCCAGCCUGCUCACGGCAGUCCCGCUCCCACGGCCUCCAGGCUUUGCCUAAGCUCUGGGACCGCAGCCCCACGAAGGCCCCCAGCCUCCCCUGGACAAGCGGGAGCCCCACCAACCUCCACGGGAGUGUGCGCCCCCCAACCCACUUUCGUCUGCUCGUCCUUCCUGAACCCGUCUGUACACCUUUAAGUUUGGGGGAUCGUCCUGUCCAUCCAUGUAAAUGUAAAUGUUGGCUGAGUCGGUAUUUAUUCUGAUUUUUAUUUUAUUUUCCUCUGAGGGAUGGGGAGGGGUGGUGUGGGAAAUGGACCACUGAUCACGCCCUGGGCAGCUGCAGGGGCCGGGACCCAGACAGCCAGGCCGCCACAGGAGCAGCCCCACGGGGCCGCCCAGACGCCAAGUCCUAGUCUCUUAUCUGGCAUCAGAAGCCGGCCAGUGUUCCUUGUCCGACAGACUCUGGCCGACCCGCAGAGUUCUUUCCCUCAGCUGUCGGCGCUCUGUUGGGAAACCUCAGGCUGGGCCUUUGAGAACGCAGAUCAGAGAAAAGGCAACUUUCCUCUGCUCGGGCCACUUGCACAGAAGGGCUGCCCGCCUCGCCCAAGCCAGCUGGGAACCUGGCCACGGGUCCUACCUCCCCUGAGUCGGGGCCUGGGGCUUCCUGCCAAAGCUGCAGCAGAAUCCUGCUCUCGCGACCACCUCCCCUCCCUCAGUAUGUCCUGCUUUCCAGCUGAACCCAAACUACAAGUGGGUUUAAAAAAUAAACCACGCCAAAAACAAAAA